AUGUUGAAUAGAAAUGACCACAAUGAUCUUGAACCAGAUGUAUCAAUUUUCAGUAUCGCUGAAGACAUUAUAACACAUUCGGAAGGCGACAGAUUACGAGGUUGGAAGACAGUGCAGAAGGCACUUCCGCGUAUUAUUCAGUAUGGUAUUUCUGAGGGUAUACUGCAGAGAGCUUAUGACUAUCAGCAACAGCAACCAAAAUUAUUCCGUAGCAUACCUAGUGUGGUACAGCAAUCACAGGAAAAAGCAGUUCGUGAACAUCGUUCUUCAGACAGAGUACAGUUACCUAGCAAUGAUAUCACAAUGAUGCAUGAAGCAAUACCGUUUCUACCAGUACCGGUUGCUGUGCUCUGCUUCGUUCUCAACAUUAUCGUUCCAGGAUCAGGUACAAUCGUAAGUGGGUUGAGUGCUUUAUGCAUGGGACAACCUCGGAUCCAUUUCAAAGAAGGUCGUAAAUUGGUAACACUACUUGUUAAUUUUUUGGUUGGCGUUAGUCAAUUCUUCACGAUAACAUUUUUAUUUGUUGGAUGGUUCUGGUCAAUUGCAUGGGGUGGCUUAAUAAUAAUUCACUCAAUGCAAUAUCGAGAGGCACUACAACAGCGACGACAAGAAGCAGUAGCAACAGCUGCAAUUGAAGCACUAACUAAAGAUUCAAUCUUGCACAGACGUGAUGUGAAAAUGCUUAUACAAGCUCAUAAAAUAAAUGGCCGCGAGAAAAAAGGGAUCGUGCACAAGUUUGCAGACUAA